UUGCUAAGCACGAAACGCCUCCUCUCCUCUCAACUCCUCAUUCCCCUUCUCCCCGAAACUCUCCCAAACCCCAAGUCCCCAACCAUGGCGACCGCCGCCGACCAAAACCCUAACGACGCGGAGCACCGGGAGGCCGCGGCGGGAGCCAAUGCGGCGGCGGAGGAGUACGAGGAGGAGGAUGAGGAGGAGGAGGAGGUGGAGCUGGACGGGCCGGCAGCCGUGGCGGCGGAGCGGGAGAAGGUGCAGGCCGUGUUCAAGCGGCUGUCGUCGGACCCCGUGGGCAUCCGCGUCCACGACGUGAUCAUCAAGGGCAACGCCAAGACGAAGGAGGAGCUCAUCGAGGCGGAGGUCGCCGAGCUCCUCCGCGCCGCCCCCACCGUGCAGGACCUGCUGCGCAACGCCAGCAUCGCCAGCGCGCGCCUGCGCCAGCUCGACGUGUUCGACUCCGUCAACAUCACGCUCGACGCCGGCCCACCAGAGCUGCCCGGCACCACCAACGUCGUCGUCGAGGUCGUCGAGGCCGCCAACCCUAUCACGGGGAGUGCGGGAGUAUACUCCAAGCCUGAGGCAAGAUCUUGGUCACUUGAAGGCUCGGUUAAGUUGAAGAACCUGUUUGGCUAUGGUGACAUCUGGGAUGCUUCAGGUGCAUACAGUUGGGAUCAGACAUCUGAGGUUGGCAUUGGAGUGUCCCUGCCAAGAUUUAAAUCAAUAUCAACACCCUUGAUGGCUCGGGCGUCAUUGUCGUCCCAAGAUUGGCUGAAAUUUUCUUCUUACAAGGAGCGCCUGCUUGGCCUUUCAUUUGGUUUGAUUUCAACCAUGCAACAUGAUUUGUCUUAUAAUCUUACAUGGCGUACCUUAACUGAUCCAUCACAAGUCUCAUCGAAGUCCAUAAGGAGGCAAUUAGGGCACAAUCUUCUCUCUGCGUUGAAAUAUACAUACAAGAUUGAUCAAAGGAAUUCACAUCUCAGGCCAACAAAAGGAUACGCGUUUCUCUCAACUUCUCAAGUUGGAGGUCUAUGGGAUAGCAAAGGGUUGAGAUUUUUCCGCCAGGAGUUUGAUGUUCGUGGUGCUGUACCUUUGGGAUUCUAUAAUAGUGCUCUCAAUGUUGGCCUUGGAGUGGGUGCCAUUCUUCCACUGGGGAGAGGAUUUAUGAAUCUAUCUUCAUCUGUGCCUGAUAGAUUUUACCUCGGAGGUCAUUCUUCUCCAGUUUGCAGCUUGAGUGGACUGUCAUCCUUGUUGGGUUUCAGAACAAGAGGGAUUGGUCCAACAGAACCACGGAGGCUUGUCCCUAGUGAAUCUGAGGAUGGAUCUGCUGCCUCACCAGGGCGGGAUUACUUGGGUGGUGAUCUUGCUGUCUCUGCCUUUGCUGACCUUUCGUUUGAUUUGCCUCUGAAGAUAUUUAGAGAUGCUGGAAUACAUGGUCAUGCAUUUCUAACUGCUGGGAACCUUGCGAAACUGUCGGAGGGUGAGUAUAAGAAGUUCUCACUUUCUGAAUUUGGGCGUACAUUUAGGAGCUCUGCAGGUGUUGGCAUUAUUUUGCCUACUAAGCUUUUCCGAGUGGAGGUGAACUACUGUUACAUUUUGAAGCAGGCUGAGCAUGACUCUGGGAGAACGGGAAUACAGUUCAGCUUUUCGUCACCCCUGUAGUGACCAGAAAUACCUUUUAGCCAAAGUUAGCUUCUCCCGUAGAAUGCUAUUGCUGCCCCUUAUAUUCUUUCCUGCUUAAUCAAACUUCCCAACAAACAUAUUUGCAUUUCAUUGACUUCACCUGUGCUAUGACGCUCUUUUAUCGGCACGAGGAGCCUAGAGUAUCUAAUACUGUUCGGCAUUUUGCACUUCUGAGAAGUUUUCCCUUCUUUUUGCACCAAGUGAUGUCAAGAACAACGUUUGUACAACUGGAAUACAAAUGCUGCAAUUGGUGGAGGCAAUAAAAUUUUUGGGAAACUGUUUAGACCAAA